CUGGCUUUCUGUGGUUGCCUCAUUUCCCAGCAGGGGAGAGUGCAGGCUGAACCCUGGCUCCUACUUCAGCCAAAAAGUGCCUACCAUGGACCUGGUGCUGAUUCUCCAGCUGCUGACUCUCUGGCCUGUGUGUUACGCAGACAUCACUCCAACUGUUCCCCCGGCCUCAUACCCCAAGCCGUGGCUGGGGGCCCAGCCAGCUGCAAUUGUGACCCCUGGAGUCAAUGUCACCUUGAGGUGCCGGGCACCCCAGCCCGCCUGGAGAUUUGCACUCUUCAAGUCUGGAGAGAUGGCUCCUGUGCUUUACCGGGAUGUAUCUGCAGAGCUGGCGGAGUUCUUCCUGGAGGAAGUGACACCAGCCCAGGGAGGCAGUUACUGCUGCUGCUACCGGAGGUUAAGCUGGGGGCCAGGUAUCUGGUCCCACCCCAGUGAUGCCCUGGAACUGCUGGUGACAGGCUCAGGCUCCUCGGACUACACCCAGGGCAACCUCGUCCGCCUGGGGCUGGCCGGCCUGGUCCUCAUCGCGCUGGGCACGCUGGUCGUUUAUGACUGGCGCAGCCAGAUUCGCGCCCCUGGUAGAGUCUGGGCCUGAGUCCCAGAGGACAGAGAACACUUCCCAGAGAGGGUGGAGAAGAAGCUGGGACCUCUUGAGUUGGACCGGCCCUUCCAGGAGCCCCACAGCCCUCUCCGCUGAGCCCAGCUUCCCGACUAAUAAUAGUAACCUUAACAUCACGCCCUCGACCUUCCUUUCAGGUCUUUCUCCAGGACCUCCCAGGUCAGUGAAAGGCACUAUCCGUGGUUAAGGCUUCCUAGCCAGAAGACCUGAGUUCGAAUCCCAGUGCUUCUGCUCACUCCCUGUGGGAUAUCAGGAAAGGGACCCUUCCCAAGCCUCGGUUGCUCUGUCUACAAAAUGGGAGCACUGGUAACACCCAUCUCAAAGGGUUGCUGUAGGCUUAAGUAGACAAUGAACGUGAAGCGUUCAAAACCGUGACUGACUCACAGUAAAUGCUCAAUAAACGUUGCCUGCGAUGUAACAGCGAUUUCGACCAAACUCAGAACCCUGAUGAGUGCCAGUUGUUUUUGUUUCCAUCGCGCAUGCUCCAGCCCACCUUUUAAGCAACUCACCCUCACUCCCUUCCCCACAUCGCUCUUGGCCCCAGGCAAACCUCUUCCAAACUCCUCCUCAGACCCUCCCAAAGGUGGACCAACAUCAGACCAAGUAGAAUUUCGUCUCUAACUACAGCUUGAUUUGCGCCCAGCUGUUUCCCUUGAACCGUCACUGACACUAGGUGGGCGUCCGUUGCUAAAGCAACAGCAAGUGGCGCGUGCGCAGUGGAGUUUUGAUCUGGACUCAAAAUCAUCCUUCCAGAAGGCUGGGCUGCUUGCACAGUUUCUCCUGAAUGUAUUCACUUAACUUCUAUUUUAAUCUGGCCCAUCUUAAUGUCUUUCUC